CUUGGUUCACGAUUCUGCUACGAAUUAGUGUCCCCCAAAUUUUCCCCAGACGGCCACACGCCACCGAAACCAGAUCAAGAAACUGGACCAGUUGCGUCCGUCGCCGGGUUGGACUCCACCUGCCGGGAUCGAUCUGCUCCCGCCGGCCUUCCGGCGUGUUCCAUCGAUGGGAUACUGGUUCUUCGGCGGCCACGGCGGCUUCUAUAUACCCUCCUAUGACGGGAGCCAGCCUCGACCCGCUGGCCCUCACCGGCCGUUGCUGUACGAUGAGCAGAUCCGCCGGAUGGAAGAAGGCGUACGGCCACCGGCCAACCCCACAGCCUGGAAAUACUUCAAGAUCUUCACUAGGUGUUUCAUGGCCGCGAUGAGCAUCGCGAUGAUGGCCUCGAUAUUCGUGGCGCGAUAUUUCGGUUCGGAACCUCAGGUGCAGGAUCCCUAUAUUAUGAUGGGACUUAUCGUCUUUGCUCUCAUACCAGUGGGAUUCGGCUUCAUAAUAACAGGAGAUAUAGAGACCCAGGACACGCGUGCUCAAGGGGAGGCACUGUCAAGCCGGAGCCAUGGAUUUGAGGAUCUUCGUGCCGAUAUGGCUAGGAUUUGUGCAUUUCUCGAGAUACGCUAACUAGUUACUCUCUUGGAUGGAACUGCUUCUCAUAGAAUGCGUCUUGUUUAUCUAAGAUUGCAUCAGUUAUUAUUUUCUUGAGGUGAGGCA